UGAGAUUCCAGCUCUGUUUAAAACCCCCGACCAUGCCCCUCGUGCGACCGUUUCGUCGAUCGGUUUUUCUCGAUUCCUUCCUUCCCAUUUCUUUUUCUCCUCCAAGCGCAGCCCAAUAUCGUCCAAUGAGCCUUCUCCUUGACUGCUACUCUUACUGUGCGGUGUUGUGUUUUAGUACUACUCUUAACUUCACAAUUCGGUUGCAAUCAACUCCUAGAAUUCGGCCUUGACACUUCUGUGGAGAGAGCAAGUCCUGCCUAUCCAACAUGGCACGCAGCUACUUGGGCCUCACGGGAGGCAAGCUGCAAAUCGCUAUCAGCGUUAUCGCUGGUAUGGAUUUCUUGCUUUUCGGCUAUGAUCAAGGUGUAACGGGCGGUCUCUUGACCCUCGAUUCGUUUAUCAAAUACUUCCCAACCAUUGCGACCAACGGCGCAUACUACGAGAGCUUGAGUGCUCCUGAAAGGAGCACACAGUCCACUCGCCAGGGUGUUGUCGUCGCUGCGUACAAUCUAGGGUGCUUCGCUGGAUCAAUCCCUACAAUCUGGAUCGGUAAUAUGCUUGGUCGGCGCAAGACAAUCUUCGUCGGUUCAUUCAUCAUGUGUAUCGGGGCUCUGCUACAAUGUACUUCGUACGACUUGGGCCAAUUCAUCGUCGGACGGUUGGUUACUGGUUUUGGAAACGGCAUGAACACGUCGACUGUGCCCACAUGGCAGUCAGAGUGUUGUAAAUCCAACCGUCGUGGCCAGCUGGUCAUGAUCGAAGGCGCCAUGAUCACCUGCGGUAUCACCAUCAGUUACUGGAUUGACUUCGGCUUGCUGUUUGCCGAUCCCAAUGAGGUCGCCUGGAGAUUCCCGUUGGCCUUUCAGAUUUUCUUCGCCCUUAUCAUCUUAUUCUUCGUCCUUUCUCUCCCCGAAUCGCCCCGUUGGCUGAUUCUCAAGGGCCGUGAAGACGAAGCAAGGACUGUCCUACAUUCUCUCUUGGGCGAUGGGGACGAGACCUUCAUCGAGACGGAAUUCACAGCUAUCAAGGCCACCGUCUUGGAGAUGGCCAAGGGUUCAUUCCGCGACAUGUUUACCAUGACCGAGGACCGCCACUUCCACCGGGUGGUGUUAGCCUACGUCAACCAGAUGUUCCAGCAGAUCUCGGGUAUCAAUCUAAUCACUUACUACAUUCCUGUGGUGCUCGAGACUCAGCUAGGUAUGAGCCUCGAAAUGUCUCGUCUAAUCGCGGCUUGCAACGGAACAGAGUACUUCCUUGCCUCGUGGAUUGCCGUAUUUACCAUCGAAAAAUUCGGCCGCCGGACCCUGAUGCUUUUUGGCGCAGCGGGAAUGUCAGUUUCCAUGAUCAUCCUUGCUAUAACUGCCAGCAUCGGCAGCGACGGAGCCAACAUCGCCUGUAUUGUCUUCCUGUUUGUUUUCAACACGUUCUUUGCCAUCGGCUGGCUGGGUAUGACCUGGCUGUAUCCGGCUGAAGUUGUACCACUGAGAAUUCGUGCUCCGGCCAACGCGCUGGCCACGUCAUCGAACUGGAUCUUCAACUUCUUGGUGGUUAUGAUCACGCCGGUGGCCUUUGACAACAUUGGCUAUCAGACCUACAUCAUCUUUGCAGUCAUCAAUGCAUUCAUCUUUCCAGUGGUCCUCUUCUUCUACCCAGAAACCGCCCGUCGAUCCCUGGAAGAAAUGGACCGCAUUUUCCGCAAGACGACCAAUGUCUUUAAUGUGGUCAAGAUCGCCAACGAGGAGCCUCACAUGUACGGCAAGCGGGGUGAACUCCUGCGUACGCUGGACGAUGUAGAAGACGACGCAGUGCGCCGGACGAGUGUGCUGAGCCAUCAUGCGAAGGAUGCAGAAAAAGACAGCGACGAAAACACCAGCAGCGUCAAGGUGUAGACUUACCCGGCUGUAGGCUGGUUGCCUUUUAUCCCGAUCUCUCUGGGACAGGAAUGAUGAUAGUGACGAUUUGAUGGGCUGCAUGGCCUAAGUGUUCAGCUUAGUAUAUACCCCGAUGGAUUCUGUGUAAUUAGACCAGGAACAUGCUAUUUUCACUUCUCACACA